UUGGCAACGCACUUUCUUAAAAAUAUCAUAAAAUUGUUUCAACAAUAGGCUUUUUCAAUAGUUCUUGAGAAGGUCUGUAGUUCCCGGUCUCGUUCUAAGUAUUGCUUCGGGAACCAGCGGUGAGGUAGCGAAGAACCUCUGCCCGGCUACAAUGGGAUUCGCAUUGUCGACGGAGGCGAUGAUCAUAAUAUCCUACUUCCAUUCUUGCCGCUACGAUUUAGCGCCAUGAUUUUGGUAUCGCCUAAAACCGCAGCAUUGUGCACCUCUCUACUCGUCUCUGAGCGAAAUUUGCUGGACGAUGGGUGUGUUCCAAAAUUAGCUGACAGCACUAGGUCCGUAGCUGGAGCACGUAAAAGUGUUUGAACGAUCGGACCUACUGAUACCGUUGAAACAUCAUUCCAAAAUAAAUUUCAGCAAGAAUUUAGCAUGGUAAUUCUGUAUUUCGAGGAGCUUAGUCAAGUAAAAUUAGCCAGUCGAACUCAUGGAAUAAUCAAGAAAUACUAGUGAUCCCAAAUUAAGACUCAUUUCGCUUUAUCUCUAAAUGUCCGUUAUUACCCGCGUUUGCCGUAAUUUCUUUCGAGACAUUUUUACUCUGGGAUGUCCGACUACGCCUGUUCGAAGAGUUUCGAAAAUCGCAUUUUACAAAGCAAAGUAAUUCUGUAUUCGAAUUUCUGAAUCCUGUAUUUCUUGAUUGGAGACAAGUAAAGUCUUGUCCAUCUUGCUGUACUUGGACAUUAGUAACAUGUUAAAUCAAUACUACUACUAUUGUUUGAAUCUCCAAGGCAAUUGAUAAACAAGCCACUACAGUUAUGUGCUCUCAACUUAUAAGCAUUCUGUGAGUAUCAGGUCUUUCUUAUCUGAGGUUCUACUUUCUUGAAAAUGUCCAAUGUUACACAAAACUUGCUAUCGUGCUACUAUGGCUUCGAUAAAAAUUCUGACGAACAAAUUUCAAAAUUCUUGUCAAGUCACGAAAGUAUCGACGACUCUGUAAAAACAUUUACAGAAGCCUCAAUUGCAGAGAGUAUUGCGACGGGUCGAAAGUUCGAUGGAGAUACCGAAAAUGAAAGUACAACGAACAGUAAGAACGAUAGCAAGUCGAAUCGAGGUAAAUCAUUGGAUGACGUAUCUGUGCGCACUUCGCGUGUACUGGACGAAAAGGCUUUCCUGAAUGAUAAUGAUAAUGGAAAUGAUUAUGAGAAAUUCUUAGUAGCCUCAUCCCUUGGAACCGAUUACAAUUUUGGGAAGACAGAAGUCUCGCCAAUAGACAAACUGUCGCCUGAUUGUAAAAUUAUGGCCGAUGAUAAAACAAUUCAGGAAUCAGAGGAUACACAUAUGGAUACGAAUUUAACACUCAUUCAAGAUGUUAUUCCUGAUAGUGCUUCUGAUAUUUCAUCAACACCUGUGAAAACUAAGUUACAUGGAAAAUUGAAAACGCCCGUCGUACCGUUGCCUCCUAUACCAAAGAAAGGACCUAGUUGUAAUGGAAUUUACUUGGAUUGGCCAAAUGUGGGAAUUGAAGAAUUUCCAUCUCAUAUUAUUAAAUCCUAUCCCGGAUUACGGAUGCUGUAUUUGGAAAAUAACAAAUUGGCAAAACUUCCUGAUGAAUUGUUUACAACAUUAAAAAAUCUUAUGUGGCUGGAUGUGAGAAAUAAUUUGUUGACUUACUUGCCAGAGAGUAUUAAGUAUCAUGCCAGUUUGGAAACGAUUUUAUUGCAAGGAAAUAAAAUUGAGAGGCUUCCUUUAGAGCUUUGUCUCCUACCAAACUUAAGAGAAUUGAAGGUUGCUCGCAAUCCUCUAUACUAUCCUCCAAUGGAUGUAGUCAAUCUAGGAUGUCAAGCAAUUCGAGAUUUUCUUAGAAGCGAAUGGAAUAUAUUACAUCCCAAUGAAGCUAUUGAAGAGCCAAAAAAUCAAGAAAUCAAGGCGAAACCAUCAACGAUUUUAUGUUACCAGUCCAAACAGAAUACAAAGAAAAUGACAAAGAAUAUACCAACCAUGUCAAAGUAUGCGACAUUCAAGUCGCCGCAUCCAAAAAAGAAAUCUGUGCGGGAAAAGAGUUGGCGUUAUACACCCAGUAACAGGUGUGAAAGUCAAGGAACGAACUCAAUGCUGGAGCAGCGCCUUGCGUGUAUUUCCAAAGUGAGAGAAAUGCUGCAAAUACAAGCAUUGUCAUUACAAAGAACAAAGGAUAUAGAAUCGUUAAAAGACUGGAGAAGGGAUAGAAGAAGUUAUGAAAAAAGUAUCAAUAAAGCUGCCAGCAGAACUGAAGCUGAUAUCCCAUUUGCUGUCAACUGGAACGAUCUACCUCCAACAUUUAAAUCAAUCAGUAAGAACAAAGAUAAUAAAAAGGAAAAACGAAGACAAGCACCGCCUCGGGAUAUAAACAAAACAUUUCACGAACUGCUCCAAUCACUGAACAAUAUUCAAAUUUCAACAAAUUCCAACAGUUUAACACCUCGCACAGAGCAGAAACUAAUGGCGACUGAAAUUCUUAAGAUUUCAAGAUUACAAGAUGAAAUCCGUGGGUUAAGAAUAUACAAUGAAAGAAUGACAUCGCCUUUCGAUGAGCCUUGCCCAAGGAAAGCAGAACCUUAUAAACCUAUACCGUCAAUAAUAAUUUAAGGGAUCAUCAGUGUAAAAUUUUCAAAAAAUCGAUUUCUUUUUUUUUUUCAUUAUCUGACAGUAUACACGGUUAUAAAUAUUCUGUCCAAUUUUUAUGUCGAAAUUAGAAUUAUUUCGGUCGCUACAGCCUUUCUUAGAAGAAGGGAUUGGACGGUCAGACCUGGCGCACUCCGAUCUUUAAACGCGUUUUUCUCGGAAUGGUGUUUUUCAAAACGAUGGCCACUCUCAAAGGAAGAAUUUUCAAUCUAUCCAUUUGAAAUUUUAACAGAACAUUCUUCACGUCAUUUCUUAUGUUGCUACGGAAGCUUUUUUCUUUAUUUUGAAAUCUUCCUUUUUUUUUUACGAAAAACUGUCGAAAAAAAAGGCUAAAUUUUAUACGUUUUGUUCAAACCGACGCCAUUUUUUCAAAUUUCACUAAAAACAAAAAAAGUUUCAUAGGAGCAUAGCGGCUUUCCUACAGAUUUAUAAACCAUUUGAAAUUUUUGUUUGAGGUAAAAUUUGCGCCCGCAAUCCUGGCCACCAUCGGACACAAUUUUUUUUCCAUUCAAUUUUCCAGAAAUAAAAACAACGUUAAACAAUACAUAUAGAAAUUUUUUUAAAAUCAUUUUGUAUAUU